AUGGCAUGGGCCCAAAUUAACACAUUAAGACAAAUAGCUGGCCAGGGUUUGGAUAAUAACCACACUGUUCAGAUUGUUAUGGCAAUCUUGAAUAUAUUCCAUCUUCUUCCACCAAAAGCGUAUACAUUCAUGGAAGAAAUCAUCAGCACUUUACAAUACUUAGAAGGUCACUUGGAUCGUCACCAAAACUCUCCCUUCAGAGAGCCAGUUUCUAAGUUUUUAAACAGAUUUGCUGAGAAUUGCAUGGAUUAUUACAUCACCAACUUCAAGAACAGAAAACUCGGGAACAUGCUUGCUUCGAUUGCUGGCAUGGAAGGCAGUGAGAAGAUUAGAAGCGUUGCUAAAGAGAAGUUGGAAGCAAUUUUUACUGAUGUUCAAAAUGAAUCUGUUGAUGAGAUCAAGGUGGUGAAAUUUGCUAACACUAUUGAUCUUCUUGAGUCAAUCACAAAAUAUGAACACGAAUGGUUUGACAACCAGAAAGAUUUGUUGCUUACUCUCUCAGAGUUGGUAGACAAUAUUGCAGAUAUCAAGAGCAAUGCUUCUUUGAUUUCCUCAGCUCAUUUCCAAGCUGAUCAGGCCAUUGAAAAGCUUCUGACUAUAAUUGUUCAAUACUUGGUAAGAAACCCCAAUCAGGUGGAUAUUGUUUUCACUGUCGUAGAUCGUCAUUCCAAAUUGAAAAUUAAGAUUCCUAACCAAUUAGAAGACUUUAUUUUUGAUAACAUUGUGAAAUCUGAUGACAUCGAAUUCAGACAAACCUAUUUGAACAAAUGUAUUGAUUUUGUUAACGAAAGUGAGCCAUGUUUGAAGUCCAAAAUAUUUUUCUUGAGAAAGGUAUUUUCAACAAUUCUUAUAUACGAAGCUGAAAAGAAUGGCAAGAUUGACGUGUUCUUCAGCGAGGACUCGUCGCCUGAAUGGCUCACAAAGAUUUCCAACAACAUAUGGAAGUCGACCAAUGAUAUCAUUACUGAUCAUACCUCCGGUAAGAUGGAUAGCUACAGAUAUGCCUUGUUGGAGGUGACAGCGACCUUACUUAAAUUGGCUCCUACCUUCAUUAGUGGAUUCCGUAAGGAUAUCAUCAAGUUCAGUUGGAACUAUAUCAAGUUGGAAGAUAAUAUUACGAAGCAAGUUGCCUAUGUUACUACUUCGUACUUCAUUUCUGCCUACGAAACUCCUGCUAAGCUUGCUACUCAAGUGUUCGUUGCGCUUCUUAGAACACACCAAACUGAUUCCAGACAUUUAGUAAAGCAAGCAUUAGACAUUCUUGCACCUGUGAUGUCUGUUAGAGUUGAGCAAGAUUCUCCAGACAGUUGGUUGAAAUGGCCACGUCGUAUUCUUUCUGAAGAUGGGUUCAAUGUAACGCAAGUAUUGAAUGUCUAUCAGUUCAUUAUUCAGCAUCCUGACCUUUUCUUUGUGGCGAGAGAACAUUUUACCUCCAACAUAAUCACUGCAAUGGGUAAGUUGACCAUAUUGGCCAAUCCUGCAAUUGAAAAUCAGGUGCUAGCCAUUGAGUUAGCCGAACUUAUCUUGAAAUGGGAAAGAAAGGCAAAGUUGUUGAAGAGUGAAAAGGAAAGCAAUGGAACCCUUGAAAAGGUGAAUCCUGAUGAAGCCAAAGAAGAAGCUGGUAGUGAAAAUGAUGCUACAAAUGGAAAUGAAGAAGAAGACAAAAAGGGAUACGAAAGCGAUUUCACUACUUCUCCUAGUUAUUCCAUUCCCUUUGGCCAAAGAGAAGCAUGUGUUACUUUCUUGAUUAGAUACGUUUGUAUCAGUCCACAGAGAGCAUCUGAAAGUGAACUUGGUCAGAAAGCCUUGGGCAUCUUGUACGAUUUAUUGAGUCCUGAUCACUGGUCUGAAGUUUCUGUCAAGCUUACCUUCUUUGAGAAGUUCUUGUUGUCGAACGAUUUGAACUCAUCGAACUUGUUGGGCUACUGUUUGAAUGCUUUGGAAGUUUUGGGAGUUGUUCUUGAGUGGAAAAAGCUGGAAUGGAUCGUAUCCAACCUUCGAUAUUUGCACAAGCUCUUAGAGAAGUGUAUCAAGUCUGAUAAUCAUGAUAUCCAAGAGGUAUUACAGCGUGUUCUCCGUAUAGUUUUGCAAGCUAUCAAUGACCAGAGGGAAUCAGAAGAUGACGAAGAAGAAGAAGAAGAUGUCAAGGAAUUCAUUAACUUACUUUCUACUACAGUUUCUGAAGAUUUGGGUGACAUGCCAUCUGUUGCUGCUGGUGUAACUUUGUCGUGGACAUUAGCCAACUAUAGACCAUCUAUAUUGGAUGCUCUCUUACCACUGAUUAUGAGAACAUUCAGCAAGUUGUGUAAGGAUCAUAUUACCAUUACACAUCAAGGAUCUCAAUCAUCUUCUAAGGAUAGUUCCAACUCAGAAUACGAAGCUAAGAUGACUACUAGAUUGUUGGAGAAGAUUCUCAAUUUGUCUUCUAUGAGAAUCUCGAAUUUGGGUGACCAAAGAAGAAUCUUCUUAUCUUUGUUGGCACAACUUAUUGAAAGAUCAUUGGAUAAAGACACACUUGAGAAGAUCAUUAAGAUCGUAAAGAACUGGGUCUUUUCAAGAACAGAUCUUUUCCCAACUACAAAAGAAAAGGCAGUCAUUUUGUCAAAGAUGAUGGUGUUUGAAAUCAGAGGAGAGCCAACAUUGUCGAAAGAAUUCUAUCAGAUUAUUGUAGAUAUCUUUGAAGAUGAUACUUUCAGUUGUACGGAGUUGACAGUCAGAAUGGAGCAACCAUUCUUAGUGGGAACUCGUUCGGCAGAUGUUUCUAUUAGACGCAAGUUGAUGUCUAUUUUGAACAGUAGCUUGGAGAAGGAUAUUAGCAAGAGAUUGUACUAUGUGAUUCGAGAGCAGAAUUGGGAAUUCCUAGCUGAUUAUCCAUGGCUAAACCAAGCAGUUCAGUUGCUUUAUGGCUCCUUUAACUUGGACAAGAGACUACAAGUCGUCGACGAAGAGAACAAGCUUGCGCCAUUAAAUGCCUUGAAGGUUCCUGAUAUGGAUGGUAAGAUGGAGAUUGAACGUGAAACCAAGGACUUGCAAGAGUUGUUGAAGAAGCACGAUGAUUUCUUGAUCAAGGUUGCUGACGUUAAAGCGGGUGAUGUUCUUGAGCCAUUGAUUGAUUUGUUCUACCAAAGCAGUGAAGCUAUUCACCGUGCCUGGUCCAGCAUAUUCCCCAUUGCUUUUAUGUCUAUUCCAAGAUCUGAACAUCUAGAUUUCACGAGAUUUUUGGUAAUUUUGUUGUCGAAGGACUACCACACUCGACAAAUCGAUAGCAGACCUAAUGUGAUUCAAUCUCUUUUGGAAGGUAUUGCCAAAUGUGACGAUCUUCAGUUGCCACCAUUUGCGGUAGAGUGUCUUGCUUCCAACUUCAAUUCCUGGUCGCAAGGUAUCCAUAUUCUUGAGAAUAUUGAGGAACAAUCAGUAAAUGGAAAUGCUGAAGUUCGUGAAGUUACUCAAGAUGCUCUCGCCAAAUUGUAUGCAACAUUGAAGGAAGACGACAUGUUCUAUGGAUUGUGGAGAAGAAGAGCCAAAUAUGCCGAGACAAUUGGUGCUCUUUCUUUUGAACAGAUAGGACUCUGGGACAAGGCUCAACAAUUAUAUGAGACUGCUCAAAUAAAGGCAAGAAGUGGUGCAUUACCAUACGGUGAGUCUGAGUAUGCACUUUGGGAAGACCAUUGGAUCUUGUGUGCCGAGAAAUUGCAACACUGGGACAUUCUCACUGAUUUGGCCAGACACGAGGGUUUCUCGGACUUGUUGCUUGAAUGUGGCUGGAGAGUCGCUGAUUGGUACAACGACAGAGAAACUCUUGAUCAGACUGUCAAGAACGUCAUGGAUGUUCCUACACCACGUCGUCAAAUAUUUGAGACCUUCCUUUGUUUGCAAGGAUUUGGACAAGGUAAGGAGACUUUGCAAGACCUCUCAAGGUUAUGUGAUGAAGGUAUCCAAUUGGCUUUAAGAAAAUGGCAUGGAUUACCACACAGGUUCAACAAUGCUCACAUUCCGUUGUUGCACACUUUCCAACAGUAUGUUGAAUUCAUGGAAGCCAGCCAGGUUUAUGCUAGUUUGGUUUCUACUAACGCUCAGAACUUGGAUGUGAAGUCUCAGGAAUUGAAGAGAGUCCUCCAAGUAUGGCGUGAAAGAUUGCCCAACAUCUGGGAUGAUAUCAACAUCUGGAACGAUCUUGUGACGUGGCGUCAACAUGCCUUCCAAGUCAUCAAUAAGGUCUACAUGCCUUUCAUUCCUAUGUUGCAACAAUCCAACUCAGGUGGAAAUGCCAACUCGUAUGCCUACCGUGGCUUCCACGAGAUUGCCUGGGUAAUCAAUAGAUUUGCUCAUGUAGCCAGAAAGCAUAACAUGUCUGAAGUUUGUAUCAAGGAAUUGACAAGAAUCUACCAGUUGCCCAACAUUGAAAUCCAAGAAGCUUUCUUGAAGUUGAAAGAACAAGUUAAGUGUCACUACCAGAAUCCUAAUGAGUUGAACACUGGUCUUGAUGUCAUUAGCAACACCAACUUAGUAUACUUUGCUACUCAACAAAAGGCUGAAUUCUUCACGUUGAAGGGUAUGUUCCUUAGUAAGUUACAGCAGAAGGUAGAAGCCAACAAGGCAUUCGCCACUUCAGUUCAAAUUGAUCUUAACUUGCCUAAAGCUUGGGCCGAAUGGGGUAUGUUCAACGACAGAAGAUUCAAGGAGAAUCCCAAUGACAUGAUCUAUGCCAACAACGCCAUCAGUUGUUAUUUGCAAGCUGCUGGUCUCUACAAGAACGGUAAAACUAGAAAGUUGUUGGCCCGGAUCUUGUGGUUGAUUAGUUUGGAUGAAGCUUCUGGUACGUUGUCUCAAGCAUUUGAGGAUUUCCGUGGUGAAGUUCCUCUUUGGUAUUGGAUUACUUUUAUUCCACAGUUGUUGACUUCGUUGUCUCAUAAGGAAGCAAAACUUGCUAGACAAGUUCUCGUACGUAUUGCUAAGAGCUAUCCACAAGCUUUACACUUCCAGCUUCGGACCACAAAAGAAGACUUUGCUGCUCAACAACGUCAAGCCAUUGAAAUUGCUCGCCAACAAGCUGCACAGUCAGCUUCUCAGAAUGGAUCAACAAAGAGUGCCGAUACCAAUGGAGCAAAGACUGAAGAAAACAAGCCUGACGCUACUGAACCUGGUGCUGGUACUGGUGCUGGUGAAACUUCUCCUACAAACGGAGAUACAAAACCUUCUCAGUCGGAAUCUCAAGCUUCUCCAUCAGCUGCUACAAGUGGAACUAAGGCAACUGAAAAUCCGGUAAAGCCAAACAUUCCUGGCUCUGUUCGCCAAGCUUUAGAGCAUGUAGAAGAAAUCAUGGGAAUCUUGAAAACAGCCUAUCCAUUGUUGGCUCUUUCUUUGGAAUCUCUUGUGGACCAAAUCAAUCAACGAUUCAAAUGUACGGCUGAUGAAGACGCUUACAGACUUGGAGUUGCUCUUCUUAACGAUGGUGUUCAGUAUUUGAAUCGUCUUGGCAAUCCCCGUGACGAUGCCAAGUUACCUCCUGUCACAGAGGCCAAUAUCACAAGAUUUGCCGAAACAGUUCUUCCAAAGCAAAUCAGAGCUGAAUUCGAAAAAGAUCUCGUUAUAGGCAAACCUAACUUGGAGACUUACAUCACCAAGUUACGCAAAUGGAGGGACCGUCUUGAAGAUAAGCUUGACAGAAGAUUCAGUGAAGUCAACUUGGAGAAUUUGUGUCCUCAUUUGAGUGAAUUCCAUCACCAAAAGUUCGAAGAUAUUGAAGUUCCUGGCCAGUACUUGUUGAACAAGGACAACAACAGCCACUUCGUCAAAAUUGAAAGAUUCCUUCCAACGAUUGGUUUGGCUCGUGGCACGAAUGCCUGUUAUAAAAGAUUAAGAAUUCGUGGUAACGAUGGUAGUUUGCAUACUUUUGCUGUACAGUUCCCAGCAGCUCGUCAUUGUCGUCGGGAAGAGUGUAUUUUCCAAUUGUUCCGGAUUUUCAAUGAUACCAUUUCAAGAAAGGUAGAAACUCGUCGUCGUAACAUCCUGUUCACGCUUCCUAUAGCAGUACCUUUGUCACCACAUAUCCGUAUCAUUAGCGAUGAUUCCAAGGAUAUCACGAUGCAGAAGGUUUACGAGGACUAUUGUAGGCGUAAUGGUAAGAGUCGUGACGAGCCCUUCAUCUACACUAUUGAGAAAUUGAGAGCCGCCUUCGACCAGCGUUUGCCAAAGCCUGACAUCAUGAGUAUAAGAGUUGAGAUCUUAAGUGCCAUUCAAGCAUUACUUGUACCUUCAACUGUGUUGAAGAACUAUUUUGUUGACCUUUAUCCACAAUUUGAAGACUUCUGGUUAUUCCGUAAGCAGUUCACCUCACAAUAUGCUUCAUUCAUCUUCAUUACCUACAUGAUGUGUGUAAACACUAGACAGCCUCAAAAGAUUCACGUCAACAUGGGCUCUGGUAGCGUUUGGACUUCAGAUAUGUUGCCAUGUAAGAUUGCAAGCAAGAGUGCCUUGAUCGAUAACCCACAGGGAAGACCUGCUCCUUUGUUUUACAACGCUGAAAUGGUUCCAUUCAGGUUGACUCCUAACAUCCAGAAGUUGAUUGGUGAAACAAGCUUGGAAGGGGUUUUGGCUGUUUACAUCUUAUGCAUAGCUAGAGCCUUGACUGAGCCAGAAUCUGACUUGGAACAGUUCUUGACUUUGUUUGUACGUGAUGAAGUUGUCUCAUGGUGUGCUCAACAAGAUCCUCCUCGUUCUAUUCCACAAGACAAGCAGUUACGUGAAAUUGUUCGUAUUAACGUAGAACUUAUCAUCAAGAGAGUUAUCCAAAUUGGCCAUAUCUCGUCUGGCCCUUCUGUUGCUACACAAAACGUCUUGGAGUUGAUCUCACAAGCUGUUAACCCUCGUAACUUGGCCGCAGCCGAUACAUUAUGGAUGGCCUACUUUUAA